AUGGGCACUCUCUCCGGUGGGAUUAAGAAGAAGGGAACCGCUAAGAAGGCGCCCAAACGACCAAGGAAGAGCGGACCCAAGAAGGCAGCCAAGAAGGCCAAGCCAACACCAGUCCCAGGAGCCAGCUCUGCAGCCGAGGAUAAUGAUGAUGAGGAUGAUGAUGAUGAUGAUGAGUCUGACCACGGGCCAUACUGUAUUUGCCGGGGUCCUGACGACCACAGGUGGAUGAUCUGCUGUGAGAAGUGCGAGGACUGGUUCCACGGGGAGUGUAUCAAACUCAGCAAGGAAAUCGGGGAGUCCCUCAUCGAGCGAUUCGUCUGCCCCAACUGCACCAAGGAAGGUCUGUCCACCAUUUACAAGAAAACCUGCGCGCUGGGGGCCUGUCGCAAAGCAGCACGGCUCUGGCACGACGACAGAAGCGUCUUCUGCUCAAACGAGCAUGCACAGGUGUGGUGGGAGCGCUUAGUGUCAAGACUUCCCAAAGGAAAAGCAAAGAACGGCCUAAACGACCAUUUAUCGCAAGACGAGUUUAUGGCACUCAUCACUAGCGAUCUAUCGGGCGUUGAUGAAAAUGGGCUUCUCACGCUGGUUAAAAAGCCAUUUCAGAAGGAAACGACCAAAUUACAGGAUGCAAAUGGCAGCACCCCUCAGGAAGAUUUAUCAGAAAUUCUCACGCAAGAGGAAAAGGCCAUUCUGGAAGAUGCAGCAAAUACUCGUUUCCACCUAGCCGAAGAUACUCUCUUAUGUCACAAGAUGCUAACACUGAUUGAGUUGGCACAGGAGCGUCGCAGAAAGGUGAUCAAUGCCGGUCCCUUUGGUGACGAUAUGUGCGGCUACGAUCCACGACUCGACACAAUAUCCGCACGAGACGCAUUUGCGGCCUUUGUGAAGAGUCCGGAGGGCGAGGCCAUCUUCCAGGCUUCGGAGCUUGGAAAGGCUGAGUGGAUAUGCGAGCGCAAGAGGUGCAAGGUCCACGGCGGCUGGCAAAAGAUGCUUGUGCUUGGUAUUAAACAUCAAAUUCGCGAGAUGGCAGGUCAGGCCGCAGAAGUUAGUGAAGAAGAAAGGAUUGUUCGAGAUGCCGCCGGGGAGCGGUGGAGGAGGAAGAAAGCCGAGUGCAACUGGGUGGAAGUACUUGACGGAGCGUAA